GGACGGGCGGGAGGUGGGGUGGGGGAACGCCAUAUAUAGAUCUGGAGCGCGGGGGCGCGGCGGAGAGUGGAAUCCGUUCGCGGCUCCAGUGUGACACUGUGACUGCGGUCCCGGCGCCAGCCCAGCCCGGCCAGAAUGAAAAAGGCAGGCCUUGACCUCCCCCUGAGGCAGUUUCAAGGUCCUCCUCGGUGCUCACAACCCACCUCCCAGCCAUGCGUGCCCUCCUGCUCAUCAGCACCAUCUGCCUCCUGGCCAGGGCCCUGGCCGCUGAGGUGAAGAAACCUGCGGCUGCAGCAGCUCCAGGCACCGCGGAGAAGCUGAGCCCCAAGGCGGCCACGCUGGCUGAGCGCAGCGCCGGCCUGGCCUUCAGCCUAUACCAGGCCAUGGCCAAGGACCAGGCGGUGGAGAACAUCCUGCUGUCACCCGUGGUGGUGGCCUCGUCCCUGGGGCUAGUGUCGCUGGGCGGCAAGGCGGCCACGGCGUCGCAGGCCAAGGCGGUGCUGAGCGCCGAGCAGCUGCGCGACGAUGAGGUGCACGCGGGUCUGGGCGAGCUGCUGCGCUCGCUCAGCAACAGCACGGCGCGCAACGUCACCUGGAAGCUGGGCAGCCGCCUGUACGGGCCCAGCUCCGUGAGCUUCGCAGAGGACUUCGUGCGUAGCAGCAAGCAGCACUACAACUGUGAGCACUCCAAGAUCAACUUCCGCGACAAGCGCAGCGCCCUGCAGUCCAUCAACGAGUGGGCGGCGCAGACCACCGACGGCAAGCUGCCCGAGGUCACCAAGGACGUGGAGCGCACCGAUGGCGCGCUGCUGGUCAAUGCCAUGUUCUUCAAGCCGCACUGGGAUGAGAGAUUCCACCAUAAGAUGGUGGACAACCGAGGCUUCAUGGUGACCCGUUCCUAUACCGUGGGUGUCACCAUGAUGCACCGGACAGGUCUCUACAACUACUAUGAUGACGAGAAGGAGAAGCUGCAGAUGGUGGAGAUGCCGCUGGCGCACAAGCUGUCCAGCCUCAUCAUCAUCAUGCCCCACCACGUGGAGCCCCUUGAGCGCCUGGAAAAGCUGCUGACCAAAGAGCAGCUGAAGGUCUGGAUGGGCAAGAUGCAGAAGAAGGCUGUGGCCAUCUCCCUGCCCAAGGGAGUGGUUGAGGUGACCCACGACCUGCAGAAACACUUGGCUGGGCUGGGUCUGACUGAGGCCAUCGACAAGAACAAGGCAGACCUGUCUCGCAUGUCGGGCAAGAAGGACCUGUACCUGGCCAGCGUGUUCCACGCCACUGCCUUCGAAUGGGACACGGAUGGCAACCCUUUCGACCAGGACAUCUACGGGCGUGAGGAGCUGCGCAGCCCCAAGCUCUUCUACGCCGACCACCCCUUCAUCUUCCUGGUUCGAGACACCCAGAGCGGCUCCCUGCUGUUCAUCGGGCGCCUGGUCCGGCCCAAGGGCGACAAGAUGCGAGACGAGUUGUAGGCCCCAGGGUGGGUGUGGGAUGGCAGGGGGCAGCGGGAGGCUCCUGAGACACAUGGGUGCUAUGGGGGUGGGGGAGCUGAGGUAUCGACCUUGGAUAGUCUGUGGGGUGGGGGUGGGAAAACAGGGGGCUUCCUGUGUGUCUGAGCAGUCCUUCCCGGCCUGGAUUCACUCUGCUUGGACACGGUCCCCCAGGUGUCAGGGUGCUGAGCCCAGAGACCCCGUGUCCCGUGGGAGCUGGGCGGUAGUCAUCGAGCCCUGCUCUCAGUCCUGGGAUCCAGCCUGCCUCAGUCAGUGUUCAUAUUUAUAGCCCAGUGCUUUCUCAUCUGUGAGAUGGAAUCGAGCUGGGGGUUCAGCCAAGCCCUCAUGGAGUGGGGGCCCUCUUCCUGAUAUGACCACCACCUCAGCCCCCUCCCCAGCUCUCUCCCCAUCUUCUCCUAACUUCCCUCAUCUAUAAAACUAGGUGCUGCAGCCCCUGGGACAGGUGCUCCCACAGUGAGUCUGACCCCAGAGAAGGGGUUGAGAAAUAGCUCAUGGAGGGGGGUGGGUUUGCGCAGACUUUGGUCAGGCAUCAUGGGGAUGAACAUUGUUUUUUUUCCUUUUAUAGAUUUUCAAAAAUGGGGAGGAAAGUGGGGAAAUGAGCCUUUGUUGCUGUCAACCAAGAACUUAUUUGUACAAUUGUGUUUUUUUUUUUUUUCAAUAAAACUUUUCCAGUGAAA